GCGCACAAAGUAACGAACACCAAUAACCAAAUAACCAGCAGCACCAUCCAUAACCUAUGUCUACCCAGUCUGGUAGAUCAACAACUUCUAAAUCCUCUAGCAGGAAGAAGCCGCUCUCUUGUGCAGAAUGCAGACGCCUGAAGCUCAAGUGCGAGUUGGUGUUCCCAUGUAGACACUGCGUCAAAAGGGGCUUGGCCAGUAUCUGUCCAGAGGGAGAACUCGUAAACGGAUCUCGCAGGACCAAGAUUCUAGCCAGUACGGAGGACCUUCACAGCCGCAUUGCAGCCCUUGAGGAAGCUCUGAAAACUGCGACUUCAUCCCAACAUCCGCUUCUGCAAGACAGUCUAUAUGCCAACAGGAAAGAAAUUCGGCAAAGGCGAAGCUCCUCCAGCUCUCCUGAAUCAAGCAUUCAACUGCCUUCGGAUUGUCUCACCAGCUUCAGCCAUUUGACGCUAGGUGACGACCCCCAUUUCUCAAGGUAUUACGGCGCAGCAAGCAGCGUAUAUCUUUCAAAGCAGCAGUCGAUACCGGUGUCCUGUGAACGGUUCGUCCCCUCGGAUGAAUCUGUUGCACCUCGCCAACCUCAUGCCAUUUCAAAUGAUUACACCGAUCUGUUCCCUCCUUUUUCUUCCGUCCAUAGUCAGCUUGACAUAGAUGGCAUUUUUCAUCAAUAUCUCCCGCCACCAGAAAUUGGCCUAACGCUGGCGGAAGUGUACUUUCACACCUUUGGAUGGUUCACCAACAUUGUGCAGCGCCCGUCAUGGAAUGAUGUAUUCUUUCAUCAUGUCUACCGCGAGUCGGCAUCUAUCAGAAGCAACCCCGUUAAGCCGCAAAGGCUAGCGGUCGUACUGCUCGUUUUUGCUCUGGGAGCCCUCAUGGAUCUCAGUAAACCACCACAUAAUGAAGAGGCAAGACAUUAUUUCAAUGGUGCACGAGCUUGCUUGUCCCUCGACCCCUCCCAUUCUGUCACCUAUGUGCAGUGUAUCUAUCUCUAUGGUUCAUAUCUAAUGAAUCGCGGGGAAGACACUUCUGGCGGAGACACCUUUUGGCCUCUGUUGAGGAUGGGUAUGGCCGUAUGCGAGGCUAUUGGUCUUCAUCGUGAUGGCAGUAACUGGGGCCUGGAGGAAGACCAGGCGAUGGUGCGGCGUAUAGUUUUCUGGGAGAUUCAUGGAUACGAUGUCCUGCAAAGUACCGCGCUGGGGCGCGGUAUGUGCAUAUCAGAUGCUUCGAUUGAUUGCCAGGUGCCACUCGCUGAAACUGACUCUGGCUUUCACGCCAGGGCGUAUGCUUUGACCAAGAUUUGGUCCCAGAUCAACGAAAAGCAAGUGCGCAUCAAGCCAUUCGUCUACUCUGAGGUCGCCGAAAUCGACAAGGCUUUGUGUGCAUUUCAAGAUGAUCUACCAUACCACCUGUCACCAUCUUUGCCACCCUCUCCAGAUGACCUCACCAAUCUCGCCAGACACAAGGAGGCUUUCCAGCGAAAUACCCUCCUGUUAUAUAUCAAUGAGGCGAAACUUACAUUGCAUCGAGGUUGGUUCAUUCGAGCUCUUAGAGAAUAUCCAGACGAGCCCCUUUCAAGCCCGUUUAAACAUUCAUAUCUAUCCUGCUUGGAAGCCUGUAGAGGCGUCGUAUUCCUUGUGCGGAAUAUGCUCAUCCUGCACGGUCAACUAAUUCACCGACGAUGGCACUUUUUCUUUCAUCUCUUUGCGGCUUGUGUCUGCCUUGCGGCGGCGGUGAUCCGAGCGCCGGCUUCUAGUUUGGUGCGGUCUAUCCUUACUGAACUCGAAUCUGGGAUCAAUCUUUUUAAAAUAGCUGAUAGAGAAGAGCUUAUCACCGUCAACAGACUUCGAGAAAAAGCAGUGCGGGCUAUGCAGAACAUUUCUUCUGCGUCUUUUAACGAAUUGGAGACGGAAACGGAGGAUUUGGACCUUCUGGGGGCGAGAACAACAUUGAGGCGAGCUGCACCGAAAGUCUCAACGCACGAGCAGUCAGGGGUUAUACCCCUUACUGUCCCCCUAUUUUACGAAAAUACGUCUAUACCACCGAAUGCCGAGAGAACAGAAACGAUGACCGCCAUGCUUGAUGUCGAUGAUAUGAACCAGGGCAAUCUCGAAUGGAAUGAUUUCGAUAUGGAUACUUUUCUCAGGGAAAUUGGAGCAAUUUGACGAAUUCCGGAGCUUGCAUAUAAAAACAGGCUGGUCGUUAUGUUUGAAUAUCAUCCCGUGUUGAAUGUAAUAAGUAUAAGCACUGCUGUAACCGCUGACAGUGGACAGAACUUGAACUUGCUGUAACAUCUUGACGCGCUGUUAUUGGUGCCGGUGUAUUCUCGUGAUAUGGCAGAACAAAGACAUG